AUGGCGCUCUUCGCCACCGGCUUCAACGCUUGGAACCAGUUAGAAUUCCACCAUGAGCCCCAAGAUACGGAACCGGAUGACUUGUGGACCUUUUCACAAGUACUGCAAGACCAAGACCUCGAACGACCACGGUCGAGCUUAUACACCACCCUAGCCCGCGGAAAAAGCCGCCAUUACGUUGCCGGUAUCAGCACUGACAUUGACAGCGGCGAGGAAUUCGAGCAGGCUUUCUGUUCUUUCCGAGCAGGAAACGGAUCAAUUGUCACCGUCGUCAACCCCGACGCACGAUCGAGAGACCCAGACCCCGACGAGCCCGCCGAGGCACCUCGAUGCUUCCUAGAAAAGUACGCUUGCCAUCAGGAUUGGAGGCGCAGAACCCCAUUGACCAAGUGGCCAUGUGAGAGCCCCGUCCGGGAUAUAGCCCCGUACGAGGCCGGGUUCCUGGUCCUCCACGAAGACGGCUCGGUCAUGACUGUGGGAGACCCCCGUUAUCCGGAGUGUCUCGCGCGGGAGGUGACGCAGGAAUCGCCGGCAGACGAACCGGGGUUAGCUACGGAUGUAAUGAACCUUGAUGAUCCGGUCAAGCACGUCACUGCGGGAGGUUAUGUCCUGGGGGCACUCACCGAGAGUGGGAGCGUCUACGUUUGGGGCCGCCAGUCCAGUGCAGCACGACGCGUGCCAUAUAACACAGGAAUAGAUCUUAGUGGGGUUCCCAAUUACUGGGAGGUCGAUGGCGAUAAAGACGUGCAGGAUAUCGCGCUGGGGGAGUCUCAUGCAAUAGCGUUGACGACGGACGGCAGGGUAUACGUGACUGGCGAAAAUAAAAACGGACAGCUUGGUCUGGGUCGGCAUUGCGAAUCCAGCACUAGCAAUUGGACCAUGGUUGAGUUGGAUCUACCGAUCAAUCACAAUGUUGUAGGCGUAGCUGCAGGUCCGAGAUCCUCCUUCAUCUUGACAAGUCGAUCCGACAAGUCAAAGAAUGGCGUUUAG